AUAUGUCAUGUGAAUUCGGAAGUAUGGCUGCAGUCAAAUAGCUUGUUUUGAAGCAGUUCUUUGAAGAGGCAUCAGUCAUCGUGAUUGCUUCUUCUUGACGAACUCAGCAUCACAAAAUACCGGCUGAUUCAUAUUUUUUGUGAAGAAAAGGCUUGUCAUUUGAGAUAGCUUACAGCCAAAUCUAAUCUUUACAGGGGAACGUUAACGUUAGGCUUCAGCGUUCAUCACUCAAACGCGAGAACCACUUGGGAAUAUAUUUUAACUUACCUCAGUGAAGGGGGGAUAUUAGGUGUUAUAUAUAUUAGCAUUCCUCCUUGUUGGAUCCGGCGACUUUAAAACACGUUCUUUGGUCGCAUUUUCCAUUACUACACGUACUUGGAGGUAGUCUACCGGUAGUUAGCUUGCUAAUUUAGCUUGUGGUUGUUGGUAGCCUGGGGUAUUAACAUUUCUAGUUAUUAUUAACGUUACUUUGAUAAGAUAUUUGCUAAAUUUAGCUGGCUCAUAAUUUGUCAACUGGCUUGCUCGCUACCUGCGAAUCGUCGUAAUGUAACAUAGCAGAACCUAACUGCUCGAGGCUCUUAAUUCACAUAUUGUAUGAACUUGCAAAUGUGACCGGUGGUUUGCUCACGUUAUUAUAUAGAAGUAGUGCUAUAUUCUAAGGGUAUUUGGCAGCAUUUUAAUGUGCUAACCGAGUCUGGCUUUUAAUUUAUCGUUUUUAUCUAGCGUAGGGUAAUUCUGGUGAGAUCACCGUCUACUCAAAGCACUUUGUUAACUGCAUCGCUCGACAUUUAGCCUUUUUGUGAAAAUGAACACAGAGAAGGACUUCUCCCCUUUGACACCCAACAUCGUGAGAGCUCUCAACGACAAACUUUACGAAAAGAGAAAAGUUGCCGCUUUAGAGAUUGAGAAGCUUGUGCGGGAGUUUGUUGCCCAGAAUAAUUCCACCCAGAUACGACAUAUCAUCCAGAUCCUGGCCUCUGAGUUUGCCCUGUCGCAGCACCCCCACAGCCGCAAGGGGGGGCUCAUCGCCCUGGCUGCCUGCUCCAUCGCCCUGGGGAAGGACUCGGGGCUGUACCUGAAGGAGCUGAUCGAGCCAGUCCUCACCUGCUUCAACGACUCGGACAGCCGCCUGCGUUACUACGCCUGCGAGGCGCUGUACAACAUCGUGAAGGUGGCUCGGGGCGCGGUGCUCCCCCACUUCAAUGUCCUCUUCGAUGGGCUGAGCAAGCUGGCUGCAGACCCAGACCCCAACGUGAAGAGUGGGUCUGAACUGCUGGAUCGACUUCUGAAGGACAUUGUGACAGAGCGCAACAAGUUUGACCUGGUGGCCUUUGUCCCCUUGCUGCGUGAGAGGAUCUACUCCAAUAACCAGUACGUUCGCCAGUUCAUCAUAUCCUGGGACACGCGCGCGCGCAACAUGAAGAAUUUCUGACUGGUGGUCGGUUCGCUCUUUCAAAUCCUGGUGUUGGAGUCGGUCCCUGAUAUCAACCUCCUGGACUACCUGCCAGAAAUCCUGGACGGACUCUUUCAGAUUUUGGGGAACAGCAGCAAGGAGAU